AUGACAGACAGUUUACUAAUUAAAGAAAGUCCACUGCUAGUUCCUCUCAAUAAAGACAAGACAGUAUAUGACGGCUUUAUCACGGUGCAGGACAGAGAUUUCCGGAUAAGGAUCUCACUCGCCCAGGGCUCACAGCUGAAGCAAGCAACGUUCCACUGUUGCUGGGAGCUCAGACGGUUGCUUCGGGGAUAUCAGCAAAUCGUAAAACAGAGAUUACACCAGUCUCCAGAUUUGGUCAGUUUUAUUUUGGAGCUCAAAGCUGUAACGGAAGUGGCUCUGAAGCACAGACCGGAAUGCCAGACUAUCCCACCGCCGCAGUACUAUUCUCGUCUAAUCACGGAGAUGGAGGCUUUAGGAUGGGAUAAACUGCUCUUCAUCGAUACUGAAUUCCGCACUCUCAAACUGAAGGGAGAAGACUCGUCUGGUCGGCAACACGCCAUUACAGUCCAUCUGAAGCCCGAGUACCCUGCCGAAGCUCCGGAAUGUUCUGCAGACUUGCCCGUUCCGCUGACGAUCACCUGGACGCCACAGAGCACCUUGGCACACAUCCACAGCCAGUUCCUCUUGUCUCUGGAGGCUCUGUCCGAGUUCUGGUCCGUGCUGGACGAGAUCGACCAACAGACCUGGGUUCUGGAACCUGAGAAGCCCACCAGAGCAGACACCAUGAGGAGAAUCGCCAUCGGUAACAACGUCUCCAUAAAGGUCGAGAUUGACCCCCGACACCCCAGGAUGCUUCCGGAAUGCUGCCUCCUCGGAGCAGAGCACGUGGUCACCCCGCUGAGGAACAGGCUGAAUGUCAACAUGCAUUUAUGGAACGUCCACCUCAGUGUCCUACAGAAUCUGAGAGAUCUUCUGGAGACAGAUCUGCCGUCGCCUGCCACCCACGAAAAAUCUAGUUUCAGCAUGGAGUGUGGCAUUUGCUACGCGUACCGGCUGGAUUCGGCGAUUCCCGACCAGGUGUGUAACGAGGCGCGCUGCGGUCAGCCUUUCCACCAGGCCUGUCUGUAUGAGUGGCUGCGGGGCCUGCCCACCAGCCGUCAGAGUUUCAGCGUGGUGUUUGGAGAGUGUCCUUACUGCGGCAAACCAAUCACAGUGAAGAUGGCAGUGUAG